AUGAAAAACCUGAUGUCACACCAACUGAAUAGUGUGAAGGGAUCCGUCAAUUUAGUGACCGCUGCGGCCAAUGGUUUGGGCCAAACAAUUGUCAAAACUCUGGUCAACGAAGGAGCCGAUGGUGUCGUGGCGUUUGACACCCGUUUUGAUAGUCACCAACACUUCCACAACAAUAAUGUGAUCGAAAUCAGCGGUAAUAUCGGCGAAGAAUCCGAUGUCUCGAAAGCGAUAGAUGUCUGUCGGGAACGGUUCGGCCGAUUGGAUAACGUUAUCAAUUGCACCGGAAUAAGCGCCGACACCAUCGCUGUUGAAGAAUCGGAUCCAUUGCAAGAAUUUCGGCGUGUCUUCGACGCCAACAUUAGCGGACCUUUUAAUGUGAUUCGUUUGGCGGCGCCAUUGAUGGCAGAUAAUCGGCCCAUCAAUGGCUGUCGGGGUGUUAUCAUCAAUAUCUCAAUGGUUCCGGGCAUUGAUUCGCGACGAAGUGUCGCCUAUUCCUCCACUUCUGGCGCCAUCGCCAGUAUGACUCUGCCAUUGGCUCGCGAUUUGGCCAAUCAGUGUGUCCGAUGCGUUACCAUUGAGGUCUGCGGGGCGUCGGAUAAUCACCCAUUGGAUCAAAGUUUAGACUCUAUGCGCCAAAUCGGGCCCUUUUAUCGCAACACUCACUGCACUACUGAAUGGCAAUCAUAUACUGACAAAAGGGCCCAAACGGUGAGACCUGUUUUGGUUGCCAUUGAAUUGUUAGCAAAACAAAAGCCAAAACACAACACAAGACAACACUUCUUGUCCACCAAAUUGACCGCCGAUUACGGGUUUUGGCCACCGAUUCACAGACACAGCGACCACUCGAUCAUGUGGUAUGAGAUAAUACCGUCGGCGGCGGCCUUAAUGGUCUGCUUGGGUCUCAUGGAGAUCGGGCCUAUGGUGGCCCAUUACGCCUCGUGGAGGAACCCAAUGAUGCGCCGGUGUUGGGACAUACCAUCGGAAGACUGGACGCGUCGAGACCAACGGAUCGCCGACACUGUGCUCCGGAUGCGAUGGCCGGCCAAUCAUAUGUAUACCGUAGGCCUGGAGGCCAUCCCCGACGCCGGGGCGCCCAUCACUCGCUUCCAGGACUACCGCAAUCUGAAGCCCACUCAAGGGCUCGAGUAGUGACACUCCAGAGGUCCGUGUCUUUGGGCACUAAUUGUUUGAUUAAUUAAAUGCUUAGUUUUUAUGUCUGAAGUAAUGAUAGGUUUAUUAUUAAUAGUAAUUGUUUUUUCUUGUCUUAUGUUUUGUAAAUAAUAGUCAAAUAAAUUGUUUUAAUAAACGAUUGAAUUGUUUUUCGGAA